AUGGGAAAUCACACACAAGUGACAGUGUUUAUCCUGGCAGGUUUGACUGAUGAUCCACAAUUGAAAGUUGUGCUAUUUGUCUUCCUGCUUCUCACCUACCUGCUAAGUGUUACUGGCAAUCUGCUCAUCAUCACACUCACCCUGGUGGAUAUCACCCUCAAGACCCCCAUGUAUUUUUUCCUUCGGAAUUUUUCCUUCCUAGAAAUUUCCUAUACUACCACAUGCAUUCCCAAAUUGUUGGUUGCUAUGGCAACUGGGAACAAAACCAUUUCCUUUAAUUGUUGUGUUACUCAAGUGUUUUUUGCCUUCCUUCUUGGUGCAUCUGAAUUUUACUUGCUGGCAGCCAUGUCCUAUGACCGCUAUGUUGCCAUCUGUAAGCCCCUGCACUACACAACCAUCAUGAGCAGUAAGAUCUGCAUGCAACUUGUCUUCUGUUGUUGGCUUGCUGGGUUUUUUGUCAUCUUUCCACCUCUCCUCUUAGGCAUAAACCUUGACUUCUGUGCCUCCAACGUUGUUGAUCAUUUCUACUGUGAUACAACUCCCCUGCUGCAGAUCUCCUGCUCAGACACACAGCUCUUAGAGACCAUGGGAUUCAUUUCUGCAUCAGUGACACUUAUGGUCACGUUGGUAAUGGUGAUAAUAUCAUACAGCUUUAUUGCAUUAACAAUUCUAAACAUCCCUUCAACUAAUCAGAAGAAAAAGGCUUUUUCAACAUGUUCCUCUCACAUGAUUGUGAUAUCUCUUUCUUAUGGCAGCUGUAUCUUCAUGUACUUUAAGCCGUCAGUCAAACAAAGAAUAUCUUUUUCCAAGGGAAUUGCAGUGCUCAAUACCUCCAUUGCCCCACUUUUAAAUCCUUUCAUUUACACUUUACGGAACCAGCAAGUGAAAAAAGCCUUCAUGAACAUGAUACAAAGGGUUGUUUCUUUCUCAAGCAAAUGA